UCCAACAACACCUCCAAACCGAGCCAUGCAGUGGACGCACACACAGCUGAAGUCAACUGCCUGUCCUUCAAUCCCUACAGCGAGUUUAUUCUUGCCAGUGGCUCGGCAGAUAAGACCGUGGCUCUUUUGGGACCUGAGGAACCUGAAACUCAAGCUGCACUCAUUUGAGUCGCACAAGGACGAGAUUUUCCAAGUUCAGUGGUCCCCUCAUAAUGAAACCAUCCUGGCCUCCAGCGGUACUGACAGGAGGCUCAACGUCUGGGACCCCAGAGAGGAACAGUCUCCAGAGGAUGCUGAGGACGCUGUUCCUGAGCUGCUGUUCAUCCACAGAGGACACACAGUUAAGGUCUGAGAUUUUUCAUGGAACCCCAACGAGCCGUGGGUCAUAUGUUCUGUAUCAGAGGACAACAUCAUGCAAGUCUGACGGAUGG